GUUAAUAAACGACUUUCGACACGUGCGGUUCAUUUUGUAGACGGAAAACGGCCACAUAUUUUUAAAAUAUUUUGAAAAUUGUGUGUAAAAACAAAACAGUUAAAUCAAAUACAAUAAAUAAAACUCGUUACAAAGAGAGUGAAUUUAGUGAAGCAAUAAAAACCACAACAACAUAAUACACUACUUGUAUUAAAAUUUAUAAUAGAAAAAGAAAAAAACUACGCGACAUUUUAAAACAACGGUUUGCCAGUUAGAAAACUAACAUACAGAGUGACUGACUGGCUGCUAGUUUUCUAUUUACCACAAAAUUUUUAUUCAUUAUCAUGAUUUCUAUGGGAAUGUAACCCUACCCCACAUACUCACAAUACGGUGAGAAGUGUAUGUGUGUAUUUUGUUAUUGCUGUUGCAAUGUAAUGGAACAUUAAAACAAAAAUAUAUACAUAUGGAUAUGAAUAUGAGACAUAACGCUGCAUAAUAAUCAUAAAAGUAAUACACCAACAAAAAACAACAACAACAAAAUUUACAUUGUUACAAAGUGAAUUAUAUCAUACUCAACAUAAAUCAACAUUAAAAUACCUUUAACGAAAAAAAUAAAUAAAAAACAAAAAACUAAACAAAUAACUUAAGUGAAAAUAUUCAAAAAAAAUAUUUUUUUUAAAAAUGUUAAGGAGGUGUGUCUUGAGUUUCUGCGUCAGACCAUAAUGCACCAGUGACUUUCUUUUCCAUUAAUUUUUGUUUAAAAACAAACAGCAUUUUCAAAGAAAAAAAAGUGAAUUUAAAGAAGAAAUUUAAAACAAAAAUACAAGUGUUUUUGGAGUAAAGAAAUUCCAAAAAAAAAAAAAUACAAAAAAUAGUAACAAAAGUUAAAAAAAAAGAAAAAAUAUUUGUGUUAAACAAUUUCCGUGUUUAAACAUGAAUUAAAAAUUGAAUUAGUGCAUAAAUUAAAACAACAAAUUGUUACUAAUAAUAAGAAAUUAAAGUGGCAAGAAAUAAAAUAAAAAUAAAGAAUCAAAAACGCUUUAAAAUCAUUUUAAAUGUAUUUUAUUUUUGUUUAAAUAAAAAGCGAAAUUGAUAGCUAUUCGUAUUUUUCUACUUCGCUAAGUUAUUAUUUUUUUUUAUUAAACUUUUACUCUUGCUACAACAAGUCACUACACUACUUCUUCUUAUUAUUAUUAUUUUUGUUGUUGUUUGCAACAUUUGCAACACAUACUCAUAAAAUGGAUACAACCACUUCAAGUAUUGAUACGGCCAAUAGCAGUGGCAUGAGCACAUUGAGCAGCAGUGGCAGUAGCAGCAACACAAAUCCAACAGAUACCACAGAUGGUUUGCCGUUUUGUUUUAUACGGGGCUCUGAUCCCCGAGCUGCCACCUGUCGUGGUAAAUUACAAACUCGUCGCUGUAAAUUAAAUCAGGAAAUCAACAAAGAAUUACGAUUAAGAGCCGGUGCUGAAAACCUCUUUAAGGCAACCACAAAUCGUAAAUUACGUGAUACCGUAGCUCUAGAAUUGAGUUUUGUCAAUUCCAAUUUACAAUUAUUAAAAGAACAAUUGGCUGAAUUGAAUUCAUCGGUGGAAAUUUAUCAAAACAAUAGUCAAGAUGGUGUAAUGCCAAUGAUACCAUUAGGUUUAAAAGAAACAAAGGAAAUUGAUUUUAUGGAACCGUUUUCCGAUUUUAUACUAGAACACUAUAGUGAAGAACCAUCAAUGUAUACAGAUGCAAUAGCCGAUAUAACAGAUACAAGACAGGCCUCCAAAACACCCAGCCGUGAUUGUCAGGGUGUGGCUUUACUCUUUCGCUACUACAAUUUAUUGUAUUAUGUUGAAAGACGUUUCUUUCCACCAGAUCGAAAUUUAGGUGUCUAUUUUGAGUGGUAUGACUCCUUAACCGGCGUCCCCUCUUGCCAACGCACAAUUGCCUUCGAAAAGGCCUGUACUCUUUUUAAUUUGGGUGCCAUUUACACACAAAUCGGUGCCCGUCAUGAUCGUACCACAGAACAAGGUCUAGAUGCCGCUGUAGAUAGUUUUCUGCGAGCUGCUGGUAUUUUCCGUCACAUUUACGAUACAUUCACGAAUGCCCCCUCCAUGGAUUUGAAACCGCAGGUCUUGGAUGUUUUGGUAUCAUGCAUGUUGUCACAGGCACGUGAGUGUUUGUUCGAAAAGUUGCAAUUACAAAUCGAGUCAUUGGGUAUAACGGAAUCGAGUCAUCUUUUUAAAGAUUUAGCUGGCGAAGCAGCACAACUAACACAAGAGUACAAUGAAAUGCACAAAAAUAUACAACUGAACGAUACCCAUACAUAUUUGCCCGAAUGUUGGGCUGGUCUAGUGCCACUCAAAGCGGAAUAUUAUAAAGCUGUGGCUCAUCAUUAUGAAGCUAGAAGCAUAGAUGCCAACGAUGACAAAGCUUCCUUGAGUACCAAAAAAAGUCAAGCCACCUCUAACGAAUCGUUUAUUGGUAAUGCGCGGGAGGCAAUGCGCUGUGCUGCCGAUGACAGCGAUGAGGAGUGCACAAGUUUGGCGGCCUUAAAACGGGCACAUUUAAAAGAAGCAUUGGCUAGUCAUGAAGAAACCCAACGUCUGCAGCGCAUGUGUCGUUAUUUAAAGAAUAAAAUGUCUCUAACACAAGUCAUUAAAGAAGCCCAGUAUAAGACACAAGAUGAAUUGGAAAAGUUCUAUGAAGAAAUACCAGAGAACGAAAUCGAUGAGAUAUUCGAUAUCAGUCAAGUGGAAGCCUGCUCUAAAUUCACGCUGACUUUAACUGGUCCCGAUUUUACUUCGUACAAAAUUGAAGAUCCCUUCAAACGUUUAGGUCCCAUUGCCAUUUUCUCGGCCAGACGUCAUUGGACUGCACCGCGUUGUGUGCGCCUACAAAAGGGCUCUUCGAUUUAUCACGAUGGCACCCAUUAUCAUUGUCACUGUCCAUCGCCUGCCGAUGGUCAUGAAGUUGGCUGCAGUUUGUACAAAGAGGAAUUGGAGAGUUUUGGUUUUCAUGUCCAAGGUGAUUCACCGGUUAUGAUAGCGCAUGUCGAGAUUAAUUCUCUAGCCGAUAUGGGUGGCAUUAAGGAGGGUGAUUUCAUUGUCGAAAUUGCUGGCAUCGAUGUUAAAUGGUACUUGCAUCAACAAGUGGUGCGUUUAAUACAGUCAUGUGGUUCAACAUUGGAACUGAAAGUCAUUACGCCCAUGGAUAGGAAUUACUUAAAACCUUUAUCAUCAAAGGGUUCGAUUUCCACUUUAUCUGCCGCUAGUUCUUCGGGCGUUUCAUCGGGCUCAUCCAGUCCCACUGGCACCACAAGCAAACCCAAAAUACGUUGCAAGUCUACAUCAAAAUCACGUGUUGGCAGUGUUUCAUCAAGUUCUUGGAAUCCAUUCAGACGUACGCCUAGUUUAGCUAAGAUAUUUUAAAAUUCAAGUUUUCAAAAACAAAUCACAGAAUUCGAACAAAAAUCUUAAACAAAAAAUCAGUGGCCAUUUAACAAAAAUAAUUUAAAGAAAUAAAAAACAAAACAAAACAAAAAAGCAAUUUAUGUGUAAUUUAUUAUUUAAAAUCUAUAUUUUUUUGUUAGUUUUUUUUAUAUUAAUUUUCGAUUUAAAUUUAUAGAAAAAAAACAAAUCACACAAAUUUUAUACGAGUUUAUAUUUAAAUGUAAAUAUAUUUUUAAAAAUAACUUAACAAACUAAACCACUUUGUAAAAACUUACUAAAAUAAUUUCCUUUUAUUUCCUGAUAAAAAGAAAACUAUUUUCUUAGCAACACUUAUUGUAAAUUAAAUAAUAAAAUAAAUGUUUAUUAUGAAAGUUUUAAUUAUUAUUUCAGUUAAGUUUUAAAAACUUUUUAUACAAAUCUACCACAAGAGCUGAAAUUUAAAUUAAUAAUAUUAUUAUUUAUCGAAUCUUCUUUAUCUUUUUUUAAAAAAAGCUUUGUCGACUUCCAUUCCCCUGAAACAAAACUAAAACUUUAAAAUAUUUUUAUUGAAAUAUUAUUCUUACUAAAUAAUUAUGUAUGUAUUUGUAUUUUUUUUUUAAUAUUUAAGCCAUAAAUAUUUAUAUAAACAACAAAAAAUUUAUUGUAUAUUUUAUAUAUAACAAAACUGAAACAAAAUUUUGUGAAAAAUUCAUUAAACUUGAUUUAUUUUCAAUAAAAAAUUGUAUAUAUUUUAUAAAAAAAAAGAA